AAAAGCUAAUGUGUUAAUAAGAUGUUGAAGUUGGGAUUAAACAAUGUUUCAGUAACUCCUCAACAAUGAAAGUCACCAUCGUAGUGUUGGCUGUGCUUGUGAUUCGGGCUGCAGCUCUUCAUGAUGAUCAGGAUGAAGUUCAACUGAAAACAGUGACUGAAAAUGAGAAAUACUGCCAAGAGGAUGUGUACAAGGAGUUGAAAGAGCUGAGAGACGCAAUGGUGGAACUAAAAAUGCAGACGCAACUCCAGACAGAGCAACUCAAGAUGGAGAACAACGCUUUAAAACAGAGACUGGCAUCGACUGAGUAUGCUGUGGAAAAAAUAAAAGAAGGACUUGCAAGCAGGCCAGCAGUGGCAUUCGCAGCUGGGUCAGGUUAUCAAGGGAGCUACGGACCCUUUAACACAGAUGUCAUCAUGGCCUUCAGUAAUGUGUUUACAAAUAUUGGAAAUGCCUACAGUCCAAACACUGGUGUUUUCAAAGCACCAGUGAGAGGCAUCUACCACUUCACAUUUACUGUGUUUGGGAUUCGCAACUCAUACUUUUUUGGGGCAAAAUUUUUUAAGAAUCAACACCUGUAUUUUCAAGCACAUGACCAUGUUACUAUGCAGCACGAGUCUGUGACGAGAUCUAUCACUUUGUUACUGGAGCAGGGUGAUGAAGUUUAUUUAAAGCUCCAGGCGAACUAUCAGCUUUAUGAUGAUGGAAACAUCUAUAACACUUUUGAUGGCUUUUUGUUUCUCCCUCUGGAAAACAGUGGCCUUACUGAUGAUCACUAACAGGAAGAAAAUAUAUAUAAUAAAUGAGAAAAUAAAAUGA